GUCAACCCUAACUCGGACUCGACUCGCCUCUCCUGUCCUCUCCAUUAUCUAUUAUCAGUGCGCUCUCACACAGAGAGAGAUAGAGAGAAAAGCCAAUUUAGGGUUUUGCGCCAUUUUUUCCUGCAAAUUCUAUCGGAAAAUUCAUCGUCUCUAUUUGAAGUUUGGUAUAGAAUUGUAUGUUUAUAUAGAUACUGGUGUAGGGAAAGGUUAGGUUAAUUAAUGGAUGAGAUCUGGGAGAGAGCGGUGGAAACAGCAUUGGAUGGCCAAACCGACGUUGCUGCGGUUCGAACGUUAACCCUUGACGGCGCUGUGAAGUGCGUUCACGGCCGAUUACCUCCGCCGGCACUUUUCGAGAAGUUUCAGAGCCUCCAGCACCUAUCAAUAGCGAACAUCGGCGUGUCGUCGCUCGAACAGUUCCCUCGGCUCCGAAACCUUCUAAGGCUGAUCCUAUCCGACAAUCGGAUAGCGGGUGGCCUCAAAUUCCUUGUUGAGGCAGGGCUUGAAUCGCUGCGGGACCUUGAUUUGUCAAACAAUCGGAUUUCGGAUAUUAAUGACUUGAGACCCCUAGCGGAGCUGAGGUUGGUUUCGUUGGAUCUCUAUGAGUGCCCUGUGACACGGGUUAAGGACUAUCGAUCCCGAGUUUUCGGUUUGAUUAAGUCGUUGAAGUACUUGGAUAAGACAGAUGCGGAGGGAAACGAGAGGCCCGAGUCCGAUGAUGAUGAUGAGGAAGAGGAGGACGACGAUGAUGAAGAAGAUGAUGAUCCUGGGAGCGGGGAAAUUGAUGGCGGGGAGGAUCGGCCAUUGAGGUUAAACAAUGGGAAUCGAGCAGGUAGUGAAGGGGUUGUGGAUGUUGAUGAGGAUGAGGAGAGUGAUGCAGAUGAGGAGGAAGCAGAGACUUCUAGAGGGGUAAAUGGGAUGAACAGUGGUGGCAGUUCUCAUCAUCAAUCCAAUGGGUUUCGGGUGGAGGCUGUGAAUGCAGAGGAUGAUGAGGAUUCAGUUGAGGAGGUAUACGAGGAUGAGGGUGAUGAUGAUGAAGAUGUGGUGGAGGUUCAUGAGAUAGAUGAUAGUGAUGACGAUGAUGGUGUGGAUGAUGAUGAGGAGGAUGAUGAUGAAGAGGUGGAUAAUGAUGAGGGAGAUUUGGGGGAGCCUGCGAGUACACGGAAGUUCACAAGCACCGAAGGAGAGAUUGAUGGGCAUGAACAGGGGGAGGAUGAUGUGGAUGAGGAUGAUAAUGGUGAGACAGGGGAGGAAGACGAGGAGGGUGUUGAGGAGGAUGGAGACUUUGAGGAUGAUGAAGAAGCUGAAGAUGAGGAAGACAAUAAUGGCACGGGAUAUCUUGUUCAACCAGUUGGGCAGGUAGAAGCAGAUGCUGGAGGUGGAGAUUUGGACCCUGUAAAUGAAGGUGAAGAGCCUGAAUUAGAGGAAGACGAAGAUGAAGACGGCGAAGUCCAAGAACUGCCACCCGCUGCUGCUCACAAGAGGAAGAGAGACGACGAAGAUGGUGAUGGUGAUGGUGAUGGUGAUGAGGAGGAGGAGGAUGUUGACGCUCAUCAUAGUAAGUCAUCAAAGCACCAUUAGCAAUUGGGAUUGUGGUAUGUAGGUUGUUUAUUCUGGAGAAAAUGUUGGAAACUUGAAUAUGGACCGUCAAGUGAGAAUAUUUUGUAGAAACUUGUGUUGGGGUUACUGUAAUAUAUGUUCAAAAAGUGGUUAUUCCCUCCCUCUUAUGGUUUUGCAUGUGCUGUAGCCGUUGCUUUAUUCAUUUCAAAUGACAGUUGUGAGCGGGUUCAAGUCGGUUCAUUUGCAUUGGAAUGGAAUUGGGACAUAGAGGAAAAAACUGUCGUGUAUAUAUUGUAUUACCGGUUGUAGAUAGCUUGUGACGUCUGUGUUCUAUCCAAUCAAAGCAGUAAAACUCUGUCGUUUCGACUAAAUCUGUGAAUUGGGACGCACGUGCUGAUGUCAGCAACCUUUUGUUUGUUUUA